AUGAACACCGUGACCGCCGGCCCACGCAGCUUCUCGCCGCCGCUCAAGGCCCGCUACGCUGACGUUCCUGGCGGCGGUGACUGGCCUUCUCACAAUCACCACUCCGACUACCGCUCUAGCUAUUACAACGGCUUCAAGGGCCCAGAAUCUAUCGAGAUGGGGCCUCUCAGAAGGUCGGCCGGCAAAACGCCUGCCUACAACUACACCGACGACUCUUCGCGGCGCCUUGACAUGUCUAAAAUGUUUGAAGAUGUCCCCAUGAACCACAAAUCCUUCCUCGACCCGGAAUACGAGGCCGAAAUGCUCAGGCACAAGCGCGACGUCUUGCAAUCCGUCGUCGACUCGCAUGACAUUUCUGGCGGUGUUCCUGUCCUUUCAAAUCUAGACGAGUGUCGCAUGUUGCAAUACAUGUGUGAGUGUCUUGAAGCAGCCUGCAUGCUCAAAGGCAUCGAUGCCAAUCAGCAGCUCAGAGCAUCUUCCGCCAGUGCUCCCGCAAGCUUUAGACCCUGGCUUUCACGCAAUCUCACAAAACAGGACCCCGUCUUUGCCAGCAUAAUUGCUGGAGCAAAGAGUCUGCCUGAUCUCCCCCGUACCCUCAAGUGUCCCGUUCGCGGCUGUCGCCAUUACGUAUACGGUUUUACCACCAAAGAGGAGUUGCAGUCGCACGCCCGCACUCACCUGGUCGCCGGCGAGGAGCAACUCCAGGAUCAGGACGAAAUCAGUGCCCGCCGCACCAAGCAGUACCCUGGCAGACCCGAGAUGGACCCUGUGCAGCAGCCUCGCACUCCGCCGGAACAGCGUGAGCCCGUCGAGAGAGACUACGCUCGUGGCGAUGCGAUGGACCACGAUGGCGCCCAGUCACAUCAUGCUCUUAUGCGCCCCAAAUCGCCGACUCUAACCGGCACCACCCUCUCGCCCAACCCCGAUGGCACUGCCUACGGCGAAGUCACGCACCAUCGAUACUUUCCUCCUUCAGAGCCUCACUUUUCUCCUCGAAUGCGCCCAUCAGAACCAGAAUCUCGACGUGAAUCUAUACACUUUGACUCUCGUCGCGAAUCUAUGCAGCAUGACGUCCUGCCGCCCAUUAGACAGCUUGAUCUGCCCUCUGACCAGGGCUCUCAGCACCACAGCUACAUGUCGGCAACGCAGUCGCAAGCGCCGACCCAAUCUAGCCAUCUACCCCGUCUCGAUACACUGAAUGGCUCCUCUCUCCGCUCUGAGGCUCCAUCAUCUCCUCGUCUUCGUAUUCCUGCACUAGAACGCGGUUUAUCUGAUCGCGCUUACUCUGAGCGCGGCAACUCGGACGCUCAAACCCUCUUCAGUGGCCAGGACUCGCUACCUCCAUUCUCUGCUCUGAAUCCCAACGGUGCCUCGAUUCCUGCUCGCCUCGAACCCAUUCGCGAAGCGGACAGGGCCUUCACGCAGGAAGCCAGCAGAGAGGCCGUACAAAUCAAGCGAGAGCCCAAGCAACAGGUCGAGGAGGCUUGUCUUCGUUGUGCUGGCCAAGAGGCUGGCUCCUGCAAGUGCAUCGUUCCAUUGCGAGACGACGAUUCUCAUUGGUAUCGCGUCGAUACGUACCGCGGCACCAUUGCCUCUGUUGCAAAGAGUUUGGUGCCCGGAUCUCCCAUUGGUGAGCGGCCUGCCAGACAUGGCAGCCUUCUGCCUGGCCCUAUUCGACAAUCUGCGGCGCGCAAGCUUCGCCGUGAUGUUGAUGACUAUCUCCGCUCCAUUCUGCGAUUCCCAGACAACAUCCGUGUCGGCAUUCGUGACACCACUGACUUUAACGACUCCUUCUGGCGUAUGGGCGACCUGAGCCAUGAGAAGAACAUUAUUGAGCAGAUUGUGGCCACCAAUGCCUGGAACAUCUUUACGCCACCUCCUGCCAUUCUUUGCACUCUCCUCUACAGCAACCUCAAAACACAACAGCCUUAUAACAUUAUUCACCUCAUCGGCACCAGCGGCAACUUCUCGAGCAGUCGACGAGACGAAGAACUCACCAACCCUGCUCUCUACCAUGCCAAGCACCUCCUUCGGGAAAUCACUUUCUACGGCCUCUCCGGAAGCAACCCCUUCAUUGGGGCACCUUUUGCAGAGAGACGUGGACCGCCGUUCCCAGAUGAUGCUGUGCGAGACGAUCAAGCUGAGGUUGUCGAGACUUGUAUGGCGACCUUCCUUCGCGCAUUUGAGGCCAGCUGCAGAGAUGGCACGGAAAAAACACCAAAGCAGUGGAUUGCCCUGUUCUCGUCCCUCAUUAUCUUCAACUUGUCUGGUGUGAUUCUCGGUGGAGCUGCAAAGGCCUCCCUCGAAAACCCAGUCAAUGCGGACGACCACGCUUUUGCUCUCGGCUUCUGGGACACUAUUCGCAGCACGUUUGACGUCCUGCUUGACCUCUUCUUUGACCUUGGCCCUAUGCUCUUCGACAGAGUGUCCCAAGACUGGGAAGAAGACGACAUCAUUGCAUAUGACAUGAUGGCCAAGGCGCUUCUGUACGGCGACUGGAAGAGCAAGGGCAUCGCUAAUUCGGAAGAAUUCCUGUUGGCCCUCUCAGCUUUUACAUUCGAGGAGUCUCUCGAAUCUACGAAGCGAGUUACCAAGACGUUGAGCAUGACUCGAGAAGAGAGAAGAGGCUCCAACAGAUCGGAGUCCUCGCGAAGAACAUCGCAUUAUGGCGAGUCUGUGUCAAGAGCAUACACUGAUCUCAGCGAAGACCGCCCCAGGCCGAUGAUUAACACGGGAUUCUCUCGCUUGCAGACAGACUCUUCCUACAGAACCGGUAGCAGCAACGGGGGUGCACCCGAAUUUAAGUCGCGUGUGUUUUCAAGGGACCACAGUGCGAUGUCAGCUCGCAGUGACUACGCCCACUCCGAGGCUGGCUCAUCUAGGGUCUACGAAUACCUCCGCAACGACAGCGGUCCGUUGCGAAAGAGCGAUCAUACGUGGAGUUCUAUCCAGCACUCUGCUCCCUCUCGCCGGUCAUCACCAGGACCGACGGAACCCGACUCGCUAUCACCUACUGGCGUUGUAUCCCCUGAUGGAAGGUCGCCAAUGUCCAUGGCUAAUCUGGUUGACAAGGCUGGUCCGCACCACGCUCCCGGCAGGCCGCUCAGCCCACGAAGCGAGAUGAGCAGAAGCGAGAUGGGGUAUGGAUAUUCAAGGCACCACGAUAGCCGCACCGCCUCCCAUGGAGGGCUUGCGUCUUUAGGUGACCGGUUGGAACGUCGUCCGUCGUUCACUGGCUCCUCUCACUCAGUUACCUCGUCACGCCGUGACAGCAGCGCACCGGUUGCUAUUCCCUCAGGGCCACCCAAUAUCAAGCCCACCUACCAGCGGCCACCGCUGCGCCGAGUGUACUGCACUCAUUGCAACGACUAUCCCGAAGGCUUCCGUGGCGAGCACGAGCUGCGACGUCACACGCAUGCUCGCCAUGCGGCCCUGGUUCGCCGCUGGGUUUGCAGAGAGCCGCCCCGGAGACACCCCAACCAACCCUGGACGUCGGUUCCUCUCAACACCUGCAAGUCAUGCAUGGCCCAGAAGAGCUAUGGAGCCUACUACAACGCCGCUGCGCACCUGCGUCGUGCACACUUCCCGCCCACGCGCAACGGCAAGUCUGCCAGUGACUGGCCGUCUAUGUCUGUCCUCAAGGAAUGGAUGCAGGAAGUCUGUGUCGCGCCCGACUCGGCGAGCGAGGGUAAAGGCAAGGGCAAGGGCAGAGCUACCUCUGACGGCCAAAUGGUCGAUCUGGACAGCGAUGAUGAGAUGGAAGACGCUCAUGGCCAAGAGAAUGGUGUGGAACCGAGUCUCCAUGCUGGUGCGGAAAGUAUCGCCGCAGCAAACAACGCCAGUAGAUCCGGCGACUCUCCAGAAGAGCCAGCCGGUGGGCAAAAAUGCCCAUAUCCCGAGUGUGGGCGUGUGCUGCGUGAUCUUGCCGCGCAUAUGCUGACACACCAAGCUGAGCGCCCGGAAAAGUGCCCCGUUCCUUCGUGCGUCUACCACACAAAAGGUUUCGCGCGCAAGUACGAUAAGAACCGUCACGCGCUGACACACUACCGCGGCACCCUCAUCUGCCCACUGUGCCCUACCAAGGGCGAGAACAAUGUCGAGAGCGUGUUUAGCCGCGCGGACGUUUUCAAGAGGCAUCUUGCCUCGGUUCACAGCGUCGAGACCAGCACCGGACCCCAAGCAAACGGCGAAGACGCCCCUUCUGCGGCAGCGACCGAGAGUGCCAUGUCUGCAUCGAUGAUGUCGCGCCCUGUAGCGGAUCCCAAGACACUGCAAAACGAGGGCCGCUGCUCCAUCUGCAGCGAGUACUUCCCUUAUGCUCAGGAGUUCUAUGAGCACCUGGACGAAUGUGUACUCGCUGCGCUGGUGGCUCCCGAGACGCUCGCCAAUUCGCAGCCGAGCAUCAACGGCAACUAUGCCUCGAUGCCGCCGCCGCCACCGCCACGCGCAGGCUCGCCGACGUACUCUGUCGGCUCGGGCCGCUCGCACGCAACCUCGGCCAACCGGCUGCAGCAGCACCAUCCGCCACCCGGGUCCGUCACGUCAAUACCGUACGGCUACCGCCAGUACUCGGACCACAGCUCGCGACCGGGUAGCUCCGCCUCGGCGCGUAGCUUUGACUCGUCGGGACGCCGGUCGGGCCUGAUUCACGUGCACGCGCACACGCAGCUGCACGCGCCGCGACCGAUGGGCGUGCCUCUGCCACCGCCAUCGACGUGUGGCUCGUUUGAUUCGGAUCUGAAUUAA